CAAAUCGGAACGGGCCCGCCGCCACGCCAAUUGGCUGAUGCUCGCAGAGCGGCGAUCCUGGACUUGGGCUCUGAUUGGCUCUACGGCCCAGACGACAGAAGGGACGCGGGGCGGGUUCCCGGGACGGGAUCCCGGCUUGAGAGCCCGCUCCUCCAGCUGAGGCUCCUGUUGCGGUUGGCUGCUGGCCGGGCGCACCCCUCGAUCGCGAGGGCUCCGAGGCCUGUGGCUGCGCUGGGCACGGGCCUCUGAACCCUUGGGUCCUGGUGUUGCGGGGACUUUCUGGAAAGCGUGGGUUUAGUCGCCCUCGGCACUGGGCGGCCGGCCCGUCUCCUAGGUGACCUGGAGGCUCAGGUGAGAACUAGGUGAGCAGAAUGAGUGACUGGCACAGGAUCUUUGCCCAGAAUGCACUUGUCCCUCCACAUCCGCAGAGAGCCCGGCAGCUUUUGAAGGAAUCUAAGGCCUUUCAGUGUGUCCUGAAGUGGCUGGAAGGGCCACUAAUUAAGCAGGGUGCCCUGGAGGUGCUGCUGGAGGUCGAGUGCCACCUGCGAGUGUCUCUCUUUGAUGUCACCUACCGACACUUCUUUGGGAGGACAUGGAAAACCACGGUGAAGCCCACCAAGCAGCUCUCGAGGCAGCCACCCAGGAUUGCCUUUGGGGAGCCCUUCUACUUUCACACAUCCUUAAACCACCCGAACAUCGUGGCUGUGGUCGAAGUGGUUGCUGAAGGCAAGAAGCGGGACGGGACACCCCAGGCCUUGUCCUGCGGGUUUGGAAUUCUCCGGAUCUUCAGCAGCAGGCCGGACGCCUCCGCCUCUCCGUCCCAGGACAGACGGUUGAAGCUGUAUCACGGUACCCCCAGAGCCCUCCUGCACCCACUUCUCCAGGACCCCAUAGAACAAAACAAGCACCUGACCCUCAUUGAGAGCUGCAGCCUGCACUACACACUGCGGCCACACCCGGCCCUGGAGCCCGCCUUCCCUCUGCUGCCUGAGAACUUGCUGGUGUCCGGUCUGCAGCCCCUCCCCGGCCUCCUUCCUGCGCACGGCGACUCGGGUGAUGCUCUCCGGAAGCCACGCCUUCAGAAGACGGCGACGUGGCACCUGGAUGACGUCUUCUUCUCCCUGUACCCCUCCCUGGAGAAGUUUGAGGAGGAGCUUCUGGAGCUCCUGGUGGACGACCACUCCCGGGAGGGAGGUGGCCUGCUGGACGGUGGUGCCCUAGGGGUUCUGGAGCGGCGCUUGCACGUAGGUGUGCACAACGGUCUGGGCUUCGUGCAGCGGCCGCAGGUGGUGGUGCUGGUGCCCGAGAUGGAUGUGGCCUUGUCGCGCUCUGCCAGCUUCAGCAGGAAAGUGAGCUCCUCGGCCAGGACCAGCUGUGGAAGCCAGGCUCUGGUUUUGAGAAGCCAUCUGCGACUCCCCGAGAUGGUCAGUCACCCUGCCUUCGCCAUCACCUUCCAGCUGGAGUACGUGUUCAGCAGCUUCUCCGGAGCGGACGGCAAUGUGCUUUCUUCAGUGCAGCCCGGGAAGGGGCUGUGCCCUGGCAGGAGAUGGUUUUCCCCACGAGUCACUACCAUGGAGCAGUUAAGGGGUGAGGCCUGUGUCGGCCCCCCACACGAAGAGAUCCAGAUGUCGGAGGAAACAAGGACACCCUCAGCGCCAGCCCGGGCUUGCUCCUUCUCCCCAGCUGCCUGUGAGACGGCCGCAUCUGUCGCUCCCUCGUCCCACUUGGCGUGCAUGCGCAUGGUCCGCUGGGCCGUCUGGAACCCUGACCUGGAAGCCACUGAUGGCAGGGUCACCUUGCCUCUGCAGGGCGGGACCGGGCCCAACCCCUCCCGCUGCCUGGUCUACAAGGUGCCCCCGGACAGCAGGAGCUCUGAAGAGGUGAAGCAGGCAGAGGCGGGGACAGUGCAGUUCCGGUUCUCGCUGAACCCCGAGGAGCUGCUGGAGACCCCCAAGCAGCGUGCAGAGGGCCCCCUGGCAGAGCAGCCCUGCAGGAAGCCACCCCAGUCCCCCUCAGGCCCAUCAGCACCUGCACCCCAGGGUCUCACUGCCACCCAGGACUCGCCCAGGGGACCAGGGUUGUCCCUGUCCCAGCUGGCGGCUUCCCCACCAUCCCCGGCUCAGCGUCACUCAGCCACGGAGGACUUCUCGCUGGAGGGCAGGAUCUCUCACCUGGAAGCCAACCUGAGCCGGACCCCUGCCGUCCUGGAAGCCUCUGUCGCGGAACACUUGCAGGAGCUGCCAUUCACCCCACUGCACGCCCCCAUUGUGGCAGGAACCCAGAGCAGGAGCUCCGGAGGCCAGCUCUCGAGGGCCACCAUGGCUGUCCUGCAGUCCUCCGGCUUCCCGGAGAUUCUCGAUGCCUGUAAGCAGCCUGUGGAAACUGUCAGCCCCGCACAGCCCAUUCAGUUCAACCCUCAGAAGGAAGAGUCGGAUCAUCUGCAGAGCAACGAGGUGGUGCUGCACUUCCUGGCCUUCAGCAGAGUGGCCCAGGACUACCGAGGAACACCGUGGCCAAAGACUGUGUAUUUCACCUUCCAGUUCUACCGCUUCCCACCCGCGACCACGCCGCGCUUGCAGCUGGUCCAGCUGGACAGGGCUGCACAGCCCGGCUGUGGCUCCCUGUCCCACCUCCUCGCUCCCAUCAGUAAAGAUGGCUCCUUUGAUGCAGGGUCCCCCGGCUUGCAGCUGAGGUACACAGUGGGCCCCGAGUUCCUGAAGCCAGGCGAGCAGCGCUGGUUCCUCCGCUACCUGUCUGCGCAGACGCUACAGAUCGACGUCUGGGACGGGGAUUCCCUGCUUCUGGUUGGAUCAGCCGCUGUCCCCAUGAAGCAUCUCCUCCGCCAAGGCCGGCCGGCUGUGCAGGUCGCCCACGAACUGGAGGUCGUAGCCACUGAGUAUGAGCAGGACACCACGGCGCUGAGCGGAGCCAUGUCUGGGUUUGGCAGCGUCAAGCCCAUUGGGGUCGACAUGGUGGUGAAGGGCCGGCUGCACCUGACCUUGGCCAAUGUGGGUCACGCGUGUGAACAGAGAACGACAGAAUCCUGCUCGCUGCCACCACCCAGAUCUCGGGUCAUCUCGAAUGAUGGAGCCGGCCGCUUCCCUGGGGGCAGCCUCCUCACGCGGGGAGGCCUGAGAUGGAGGAAUGUGGUCCAGGCCCAGAGGCUGGCCGACGUGGACAGUGAGCUGGCCGCCAUGCUGCUGACCCCUGCGCCAGGUGGCCGGGGACCCUGGAGCAGUGGCCACGAGGUGGAUGCUGUGCGCAGGCGAAAGCUGGAGAGGAUGAGGUCCGUGCGCCUGCAGGAGUCGGGGGCGGAGCCGGUCAGCCGCAGGACAGCGGUGCUGGCCCAGCAGAGCGUGCGCAUGCAGCACUCUCGAGACCUGCAGGUCAUUGACGCCUACCGGGAGCGCACCAAGGCGGAGAGCAUUGCGAACGUGCUGAGCCUGGCCAUCACCACGCAGCACACGCUCUACGCCACGCUGGGCACAGCCGAGUUCUUCGAGUUUGCCCUGAAGAACCCCCACAACACCCAGCACACGGUGUCCAUCGAGAUCGACAACCCCGAGCUCAGCCUCAUCCUGGACAGUCAGGAGUGGAGGCAUUUCAAAGACGCCGCCAGCCUGCACACGCCGCUGGAGGAGGACAUGUUCCACCUGCGUGGUGACCUGGCCCCCCAGCUCUACCUGCGCCCCCGGGAGACCACCCAUGUCCCCUUCAAGUACCAGAGCUUCUCCAUGGGCCCCCUGGAACCAGCACAGGCCUUUGCUGAUCUGAGCACUGAGAAGGGCAGGGAGGCAGGAGCACCCCGGAAGUCCAGUGCUGUGCCCACUAAACAUGCCAAGGUCCUGUUCCGAGCGAGUGGUGGCAAGCCCCUGGCUGUGCUCUGCCUGACCGUGGAACCCCAGCCCCACGUGGUGGACCAGGUCUUCCGCUUCUACCACCCGGAGCUCACCUUCCUGAAGAAAGCCAUCCGCCUGCCUCCCUGGCACAUGCUUCCAGGUGCUCCCUUGGGAAGACCUGGGGAAGAGCCAGCAGUCCACGUGCGGUGCAGCGACCCAAAUGUCAUCUGCGAGGCCCAGAGCGUGGGCCCCGGGGAACCCCGGGAUGUGUUUCUGAAGGUGGCCAGCGGUCGCAGCCCAGAGAUCAAAGACUUCUUUGUGAUCGUUUAUGCGGACCGCUGGCUGGCGGAGCCCGUGCAGACGUGGCAGGUCUGCCUCCACUCCCUGCAGCGUGUGGAUGUCUCCUGCAUCGCGGGCCAGAUGACACGCUUGUCCCUUGUCCUCCGGGGGACGCAGACCGUCAGGAAAGUGAGGGCCUUCGCCUCCCACCCCCAGGAGCUGAAGACGGACCCCGCAGGUGACUUUCUGUUGCCCCCGCAUGGGGUGCAGGACCUGCACGUGGGUGUGCAGCCCCGCAGGGCUGGCAGCCGCUUUGUGCACCUUAACCUGGUUGACGUGGACUUCCACCAGCUGGUGGCCUGUUGGCUGCUGUGCCUCUCCUGCCGCCAGCCACUCAUUUCCAAGGCCUUUGAGAUCACCGUGGCAGUGGGGGAAGGCAAGGGCGCUAACAAGCGGGUCACUUACACCAACCCCUACCCAACCUGGAAGGCCUACCGCCUGCACAGCGACCGCCCUGACCUGCUGCAGUUCAGGGAGGACACCUUCCAGGUGGGGGGCGGUGAGACCUACACCAUCGGCCUGCGGUUCUUGCCGGGCGGGAGGCCAGGGCAGGAGGAGGUCCUGAUCUACGUCAACGACCAUGAAGACAAGAACGAAGAGACCUUCUGCGUGAAGAUCACCUACCAGUGAGCACCGUGUGGCCAUCCUGGAACCUGCUGCGGGGGAAAUGCCCCUUGGUAGUACCUGUGACGUCUGCAUCUGGCUGAGCUGCUGCCCACACCCACCACAUCCGCGGGGCCAAGUUCCCUGGCCUGAGCAUGAAUUCUGGCUGUGGCAGGGGCACUGGUGGCCCUGGCCCUAGCCUCGGCGCAUACGAGAACCACUUCAUCCCUCCAUAGCCCAGGGAGGUCUUCACCGCCUGUAACUUUCUUUUGAUUUGCUUUUAGCAAAGUGUAUUUUAUAAAUCAUUCUAAGUGAUAAAAUU